AUGGCGCCGCCCUUUUCCCCUUCGACCCAAGACGACCAUAAUGUAAUUAUUGGUCAAGUGAUUGGCCAAUCACGACUGCACGUUACCUUGCUUGGACAAACCCCAACCAACAUUAACGUCAACCUGGAUGAUGGCAUUGAAUACUACUAUUGCUGCAACGAGGACUGUGACUUUCUCUGGGCAAUCCAGUGGAGCCCACAACCGCGGAAGAGAUGCAAGAGGCCCAUCGAUUUGGACUCAUACAAGGAGACAGCCAUCCCAAGACUCUGUCGUCUGUGUCGAGAGGCGUUGAAGAAGGGUUCUGUGAAAGAAGGGGCACGGCGUAGGUUGAAGCAGGAGACAAAGCAGCAAUGGGGGCCAUUUGAGACAUCAAAGAAAGAGAUUAGUGGAGACAAGAGUAAGGUGAUGUCUACUACUGGAUUCGAGGAUGUUCCCCUGGGCGAUGUUAAUGAAAGAGUAGACAAGACUUUGGCACAGGACUUGUCGUGGGAUCUGAUCGAGGAAAGCGGUGCGAAUGAGGAAUGGAGUGUCAUAAACCACUUUGGCUCUGCUGCGAUCGAACACAGGGAUGCACAUGUGGACACUGAACUUGUUCGACCAUAA